AUGUCAACAAAAUUGAAUCUUUCUAUUGGAGAUAUAGUCUGGGUUAAAUGCCCUGAACAUGGUUUUAAACUUUGCAAGGUUAACUUUAUUGAUAAAGAUGGUGGUAAAGUGAAUGUAAUAAGUCCAAAUGAUAUUGGAAAAUCAGGAGAUGAAUGGUAUUCUAUCUUAGAUAUUUAUAAAUAUAUUAGAGAACCAGAAAGGGAUGAUAAUACCUCCCUAGUAUCUUUAGAUCCAGCAAAUAUACUAGAGAAUUUACGUAUUCGAUAUAGUCUUAAUAAAAUCUAUACAUAUACAGCUCAUGUUUUGCUAGCUUUGAACCCUUAUAAAGAAGUAAUGGGAUUAUAUUCUGUUGAUAACAAGCAGAAGUAUUAUGGUAAAUAUAUUGGUCAAUUACCUCCUCAUCCAUAUGCAAUAGCUGAUACCUCAUAUCGUAGAUUAGUCCUUGAUAAGAAGAAUCAAGCGAUUGUGAUUUCUGGAGAAAGUGGAGCAGGCAAGACAGAAACAGCAAAGAUAGUAAUGUCAUACUUAGCAGAUAUAGGUAUAAUACCUGAUGAAAGCGAUAUAUUCAAAAGUGAAGAAACAGAUCAGAUAGGUGAUAAACAACAUAAGAGGUUAAUGCAAAUACGUUUGUCUCAUGCUUCAGGUAAUAUAUUUGGGCAAAAAGAAGCUAAAGAUAUUCAAGCUAAAAUAUUGAGUGCAAAUCCUAUUUUAGAAACAUUUGGUAAUGCUCGAACUGUUAGGAAUUAUAACUCAUCUCGAUUUGGGAGACUAAACAAAUUGUACUAUAAUGAACAUGGGUUUUUGAGGGGAGGAGGAAUAACCACAUAUUUAUUAGAGAGUAGCCGUUGUGUUAAGCAUAAUGACAAUGAAAGGACAUACCACUGUUUCUACCAGUUGGUUCAUGGAUUACCAGAUGAACAGUUAUAUAGAUUGAACUUGCAACGAGAUGUAACCUAUUAUAAGUUAUUGAAUCAAGGUAAAUUAAAUUAUCAAGAAGAUAUUUUACAUGAUAAGAGACAAUUUGAGUUAUUAAAGCAAUCAUUCUUCAUAAAUGGUAUAAAUGAAAGUAAACAGGAUUUAAUUUUCGAAAUUUUGGCAGGUAUAAUUUUACUUGGAAAUGUUGGAUUCAAAGAAUGUGAUGUGCCUAAUCAAGAGAGCAAUAUUUCAUUAACUACAGAUGGGAAGAUACUAGAAUGUGAUGAUAAAGUACUUAUUCAUAAUAUUUCCACAGUAUUGGGUAUCGAUUCCAAUAUAUUGGAGAAUAUCUUGACCGUUAAGUAUUUGAAUAUAGGUAAUAACAUGUCAGAAGUAGCAAUUGCACGCACAGAACAACAAGCACUACAUUUAUUAAAUUCCAUGAUCAGGUCAAUAUAUAAUCGAUUAUUCAACUGGGUUGUUAACCAAAUUAAUGCAUUUUCAUCAAAUGAACCAACUAAGUUGGUGCAUGAAGAGACGAAAUUGCAAAUGCUAAAUAAAAAGUGUCUAGAUAAUUCCUUAUAUAUAGGAAUUCUAGAUAUUUAUGGAUUUGAGAAGCUGGAAAUAAACUCAUUUGAACAAUUAUGUAUCAAUCUUGCUAAUGAGAGAUUACAAGAAUUUUUUGUUGAAAAAGUUUUGCAAAGUGAACAGUUAUUAUAUCAACAAGAAGGUUUAAUUUGGUCUAAUAUUGAUAUUCCAAAUACAUCACCAGUAUUAGAUCUAAUUUCCGAUUUAUUUUCACUUUUAGAUGAUGAAAGUAGAUUAAAGGCUCAAGGUCAAGAUAGGACUGAUUUGACAUACUGGCAAAAAGUCAAUCAGAAGUAUGGAUAUAUAAGUUCAUCUUCAUCUAUUUCGUCUACAUUAUGGACAGUUACUUCAUCCUUAUCUAGUAAUUUGAGCACAAAUACGACUGAUCAAUCAGUGAUUAUAUUUCCUCUAAGUGGUGCAAGAAAAAUCCAGACAUUCAAUCCAAAUUUUACAAUUGUCCACUAUGCCGGUUCUGUAAACUAUACACUAUCUGAGUGGCUAGAUAAGAAUCAUGACAAAAUUAUUCCUGAAUUAGAGGAGAUACUUGAAAAAUCGAGUAAUCAAAUACUUCAUGCAAUGCUAGAUACAGAGUAUAGACAAAAGAAAACUGCUAGUUUUCGAAGUGUUAGCAAAAAAUUUACACGUGAUUUAAAAGACAUGAUUCAGGAUUUGAGUGAAAGUAUAUUACAAUUCAUUAGAUGUUUCAUACCAAAUGAUCAGAUGAAAUCAGAUUUAUGGAAGGGAAGUUUGGUAUUUAAUCAAAUGAUUCAAUCUGGGACAAUUCAAAUGGUUAAACUCAUGCAUUAUGGAUACCCGAAUAGAGCAAACUAUAAUAUUCUACUUGAAAAAAUUUGCAAGUUAUUACCAUCAAAGUAUAUUUAUGGAUUUUCAGAUCGUAUGAUAGUAGAAUUUUUCUUAUCAGCAUAUAAAAUACCUCAAAAUACUUAUCAAUUUGGUAUAUCGAAAUUAUUUUUAAAAUCGGGUCAAUAUGGUAUGUUACUUGAUCAGAUAAAUGAUAGUAAAAAUGGAACUUUUGAAUCAUUAUUAUCAUUACCAGAUGAGAAUACUUUAAAAAUACUUAGAAAAAAUUUUGUUAAACGUUGUAUUCGCCGUUGUGUUGUAGUUGUAGAUAUUGUAAUAUGGUUACAAAAUCGUUUUCUACAUAUAAUUAAGAAGAAAAAGAUGGUUUUACAAUUUCUGUGUUGUAAAGUUUAUCGAUGGUAUCUCUUUUAUAAAAAUAUUAUUUUGCCAUUAAGGAAAAGAAUUGCAUAUAAAAUGCCUUUUAUUCUAUGCUUUAAAAAUAUUAAAACUAUCAUGGAUAAUAUUAAGAGGAAGAUGAUGAGGGAUACAUUUAGGAUCAUUUUUAAAUAUAAACUAGAUAAUAUUAGUAUAAAAAAUAAACAAAUAAAAGAAAAUAAGAUUAAACAUAUUGAAAUGUCAGUGAGUACUUCAGAUAUUAUUUCCAAUGAAUAUACUGACCCUAAUAGUGAUAUUAAUUAUUUCUCUGGAUUAGAGAUUUGGAGACAAUCCUUAUUCACAUUUAAUGGUUAUUUUGGAAAACAUUUCUAUGAAUACCUUAUACACUUUAAUGGGAGUACAAUUUGCAUGAUUGAAAUUAAUGAAAAACGCGAUUUAAUUGAUGUUUAUGAUAUGUAUUCAAUAUCAGAUAAAUAUGGAGUUAACAAUAGUUCAUUAAUAUUUAUAAAAAAUUAUAUGGAUAAAAAUAGCACAAAUGAUAUAGCUGAUAUAUUAAAUUCUAGAAGUAAACAAUCAGAUUCCAUUUUGAAAAAUAAAGAUUGUUCUAUAUAUAAACAAAAUAAAUCAUUAUGUCAUGAAUUAGAGAAUGUAUUAUGUAUUUGUCAACAUACAACAUUCCCAAGGAGUUUCAGUAUUAUAAAUGAUUCAGGCACUAUUAUUAUAUUCAGAUUUCUUGUAAAUUCAUUUUCAAAAUAUGAAUAUAUAACUGAUAAAUCUGAUCAUUUUAAUAUUACUCCUUCAACUCUUUUACCAAAUUUAGGUAAUAAUAGGGCUUACAAUUCAGAAAUGAAGUUAAAAAUAAAUAAAGGUCUGGAUAUUAAUAUUAAUUAUCCAUCUAAUAGUAUAUUUAAUGAGAAUUAUAUUAAUACUAAGGUAGAUUCUAAUUUUGAAGAUUCAACUAUAUUUAAUGAAAAUAUUAUAGAUAAUAAAUUUAAAACUAUGAAAACAAUGAAUAUUCUACCAAAUAUCACAUUUAAUGAAUAUAUGCCAAUUGAAUGGUUAAAUAGUGAAUGUAUAUUUGUACCCCUAAAGAUGAAUUUCAUUCAUCCAUUAACAUAUCAAUUUAUUGGAAUUCUUUGGCAUGUAGAAUACAAUGAAAGCAAUAAAAUCAAAAAAGAAAUUAAAUUAAAAUCAAUUCCUUAUCCAUAUUCACUUCAAAAUGGAAUAAUAUCAAAAAAAAAUACUUUAGGAAAUUCUACCGAUCCUAUAUAUUUUAAUGAUAAUAAUAUGGAUAUUGAAGAUAAACAUUUAAAUUAUUAUACUAAAAAUAAAGUAUUUAAUAUAUUAGAUGGGUUAUUCACAAUUGUUGACUUAUCAACAAAACAGAUUGCUGAUUGGAUUAAUUUUUCAUUUAAUAUGGAUGAUAUUAUAGAUAAAUGGAGUGGGGUUAUCAGAAGAAAUAUUAUAGAUAAUGAAGAUGAAACAAAGCAAAUUAUAAAAUGGGAUAAAAUUGAUAGCUUUCAUCCAAAAUGUUGGUGUAAUCUAUUUGGAUAUGCCAUCAAAAAUGAUGAUAAUUUAAAUAAUAAAGUUGGACGUAAAUCAACUAUAUGUGAUGUUGUACCAACUGUAGAUGCACUAAAAGAAACUUGUACUAUAACAUCCGAAUUACAAAAAUGUGAUUAUAUGGAAGGUAUUAUUAAUUAUAAAAAAGGAAAUUCAAAAAAUAUACAAGAUGAACAAGUUUGUGUUAUAUUUAUUGGUGGUCCUAAAAUAGGUUUAAUAUUAUCAUUUACAUGUAGCAAAUUUAAACAACAACUAGAGUUGAUUUAUGAUUUAAUUGAAUCAACAAUUUCAGGAAAUGAUAAAUAUUUUGAUACAAUAAAUAAUACAAAAGUGAUACGACAAUCUAGUUGGUUUACUAGUAGUUUAUGGAUUGGAAAUAAUACUCAAAUAGAAAAAUAUAUGAAUUGUAAAAAUAGAAUUAAUAGUAAACUGAUCUUUUGUCUUAUUAUUGGUUGUAUUAAUGGGAACUUAAUCAUUGUAAAUCUUACAGAUAUUUCUCAUCCAAAAAUUAUAAUGAUUUCAACUUUUGAAUCAGAUUCAGAUCAGCAGAGAAGUAAUGCAAUUAUUAGUUUAAAUAAAUUAAAUGAUGAUGAAAUUAAAGGUUUAAAACAAUUUUUGUGUGUAUCAUCUACUGGGUUUAUUUCUUUAGUUCAAAUUGAUGAUCAUUUCAAUGUUAAAUAUAAGGAAAAAGUGCAAAUUUGUCUAAAUAAAAAGUAUAAACCAUUUAUUGUUGAAUUUAUACCAUUAAAUAGUGAUCAAUAUAUUACUCAGCAUAAUUCAUCAAAUUCAUUUGUUUUUAUGGAUGUAAUUGAAAGAAAUUUCGUAUUAUAUAAUAUGAAAACUGGGAUAAUUAAAUCUAUUGCAACAAUUACUUAA